AUGACAACGACUACAACGACGACGUCGACGUCGGGUGUCGUCUCGUCCCUUGUCUUUAACUUAGCACUUUUUGGGGGUUUCGUGGCUGCUUUUGUGAUUCUGAGGCUGAAGCUGAAACGGAUCUACGAACCAAAAUCCAGUUUUGAUUUGAUCAACGAAGAAAAAAAACCAGAACCUUUGCCGCGUGGUAUUUGGCAGUGGUUUCUUCCACUCGUUAAGAAGUCGGACAACUUUGUGAUUCAGCAAGCGGGCCUUGAUGGCUACUUUUUCAUCCGCUAUCUCUUCAUCUUGGCUUCUUUCUUCGCGACGAUUUCGCUUCUAGUUUUGCCCAUAUUACUGCCUAUUAAUGCCGCUAACGGAAGAGAAAAAUCUGGACUCGAAAUGUUAGCCUACAAUAACGUGGAUGACGCUCACAGAAGCCGUUACUAUGCACACGUAUUUGUAGGAUGGGUUUUUUACUGGGGAUUCCUAUUUGUGGUUUACCGUGAGCUGGUUUAUUACACCUCGUUGAGACAAGCUGUGCUGUCUUCCCCUCGCUACGCGAAGAAGCUCUCGUCUCGUACAGUUUUGUUUCAGUCCGUACCACGCCAGUACUUGGUCGAGAGCGAAUUUUCUAAGCUUUUUGAUGGCGUGCGUAAUGUGUGGAUUGCCCGUGGCGCGGGAGAUUUGGGCUCGAAAGUGAAUGAACGUAACAAAAUGGCAAUGAAAUUGGAAGCUGCAGAAACCGUCUAUUUGAAAACAGCGGUGAAGAACAUCGCCAAGCUGAAAAAGAAGAACCCUGACUUCAAACCCACUAGUAACAUCUCCGAUUAUGUUCCACAAAAAAAAAGACCACAACAUAGGCUGAAAUUCUUGAUUGGCAAGAAAGUUGACACUAUUGACUACCUCAAAGAAGAGCUACCCAAGCUGAAUGAGGAAAUAAAGGAUUUGCAGAGAGGCCAUAUGGAACAUGCUCCCUUCAACUCUGUUUUUGUGGAAUUUGACUCUCAACACUCUGCCCAAAUUGCAUCCCAAAGUAUUAUACAUCACGAACCCUUGGCAAUGGUUCCGUCCUACAUAGGGAUUGCUCCGAAGGAUGUUCUUUGGUUCAAUAUGAGGAUGCACUGGUUUGAAAGAGCACUCAGGAAAUAUGGCGCUUUGAGUUUCAUCAUUGCUCUAGUGGUAUUAUGGGCGUUCCCAGUCGCGUUUGUCGGCGCAAUUUCGAAUAUUCAGAAUUUAACCAAUACACUUACUUGGCUAAGGUUUAUUUACAAACUGCCCAAAAAGCUUCUCGGUAUUUUAACUUCUGUGGCACCCACCGUUGCAUUAGCCGUUUUAAUGAUGCUCUUACCAAUCGUCAUCAGGAAAAUGGCCCUGGUUGCGGGCGCGCCCUCUGUCCAACUUGUCGAGGCCUUCACUCAACAAGCUUUUUUUGCCUUCCAGGUUAUUCAAGUGUUUUUAGUCACAACUCUUGCGUCAUCAGCUACUGCAGCUGUUACUCAGAUUAUUGAAAAUCCCUCAAGCGCAAUGAGCUUACUGUCAAAAAAUCUUCCAUUAUCUUCCAAUUUCUACAUCUCUUACAUUAUCCUUCAAGGUCUAUCUGUGUCGUCAGGUGCCCUUUUGCAGCUAGUUGCCUUGAUUAUGUUCUAUAUUCUAAGCUUCCUGUUGGACAACACUGCAAGGAAAAAAUGGAACCGAUUUGUCAACUUAGGCUCCAUGGCCUGGGGUACCACAUACCCUGUGUACACCAAUUUGGCGGUGAUUGUGUUCUCGUAUGCUAUCAUUGCCCCCAUCAUUUUGGUUUUCGCAGCAGUUGCAUUUUUUUUGCUUUAUGUGGCCUACUUGUACAAUUUGACUUACGUUUUCCAGGAAUCCCCAGACUCAAGAGGCAUUCACUAUCCCAGGGCUCUUUUUCAAACAUUCGUGGGCCUAUACAUUGGCCAGAUAUGUCUCCUCGGGCUUUUCGUCGUUGGAAAAGGUUGGGGUCCAAUUGUUUUACAGGCUAUAUGCCUUGGUGUCACAACAUUUGUUCACCUGAACUUCAACACCGCUUUCGACACGUUGAUGGCACAUGUACCUGUGGACACUAUGAAACCUUUAGAUGGCGUCUCAAAUACGCCCUCAUUUUCCAACAACAAGACUCGCAGUCUAGAAAAAGACGAAAUCCAGGAGCUUCCCCACUUUCCCAUAAAAAAAUAUCAGCCUCGGGUCUCUACUUCCAUUGAUCAAAAAACUAUGAGCGUAAAGAGCGAAAACACCAUUGAGUACAACGGAAACAUAGCAUAUGACAAUGAAAACAAUUUAGCUACAGUUCCACUCCUGGCGGAUGGCGAGUCAGUUGACAUGCCCGCUGCACCAUUUUGGAAACGUUAUUUCCAACCUCACAUAUACCUAUCUUACAAAGCCGUCAAGCAUGUCCUCCCCGAGAUUUACGGCCUUCCUGAACCAAUUCCAGAAGUUGAAAAAGACAAUCAAAAACAUGCAUACGACUACCCAGCGGUUAGCGCAAAAUGUCCUUACUUGUGGAUUCCCCGUGAUCCAUACGGGUUUUCUACUAUUGAGAUUUCUAACUUGCAAUCAACCGUUGACAUCACUGACCAGGGCGCCUAUUUGAGCGAGGAAGGGCACGUUCUCUGGGAAGGUGCACCUCCUUCUCUUGAUGAUUCGGAACGCAAGUAUGAUAAUCCCUUCAGGGAAGAGGACGAAGAUGAAUUCGAGUAA